GAGUCGGUUCCCCAGUCUUCUCGUCUUCAUCGAUUUAGAUUGAUGGAUUGACUCAUUGAGAACAAUAAAUUUACCGAUACAGAUAUAACUAGAAAGGUUUUUGAUUUACUCACCUAGAGUUCUGGAAGGAGACACCUAUCCGCGAUGCCUGGAUUACUUCAGCUUGAAUAAACUUCCAUGCAAAUACUACCAAGCAUAAAUUUUCUUACACUAUAACUGUAAACGAUGCAAAGGACUACUGGAAGUACUGGACAAGAUUUUAUGUUAGAGUGUAAAGCAGCCUAUCUGACAAUUAAAAAUUCAAUCGAAGAAAACCUGACAAGCAAAGAUGACCUAUACAGAGCUUUGCAGCAAACUGGUAGAAAUCCUUCUCAGAGAAUUGUACUGAAAUAUUGGGAGCAAGAAAAUGGUACAGUGUCAUUCAACAAAUUCUGCUCUAUUGUGAGGUCUGAGGCACCCAUGUCUGAAAACCAGCUGAUAAAUGCUUUCCGUAAAAUUGAUGUAAACCACGAUGGUUUUAUCAGUCACGAAGAGUUCCUCUCUGUUAUGACAACUAAAGGAGAACUGAUGUCACCAAGUGAAGUGAGGGGAAUUUUUCGCAAGGCAGAUAUCAAUAAAUACGGAAAACUUGAUUACAAAGAGUUCUGUAAGAUAAUACUGAAGACGGUGGAACAGUGUCAGUCAGUAGCUGUGGAGCGUAUGAAUGACAUGCAGACGAAGAGAGCGAGGCAUCAGUCUGGAGAGAGUCACUCAUCUGCUGUGAGUCAAGAUUCUACAGUCACUCUAGGAAAGAAGACACCUGAACCAAAGCCUAGACGAUUAAAAAGAACAGAAAUAAAUGUACAAGAUAUAAAGAAAGCAGCUGUUGCCAAGUUAAAAACGAAAGUUUCAAAGCCAUCAAAUUUACAGGACUGGUACCACCAUAAAAGCAAGGGGAUCUUCUACCUGGAGGAAGAUAGCACCGUUGUUAACCAUCACUACAUCCUCAAACUGCCAAGGUCGUCGAGUGUGUGGAUGACAAUAGAACCAUACAGUCCCACAGCAGAAACUGGAGAAAAAACGCACCCAACAAUCGACACAGCUCUCUACAUACUUAGACUAGAUGGGGAACAUGCAAGUACUCUUGUGACGUGCACAGAGAAGCGAGACAAAAAGGGUGUUUACUAUGUGCGGGUGGACCUGGAUUCUGGGAAGUAUUUGCUGCUUCCCUUCACUACGGGUUGCCGUCUCAGGCCACGCCUGCGACAACCACACACAGAGUCUCGACUGGUGAGGAAAGACAAGGAGAAAGUGCAGCUGACAAAGGCAUUCCGGCAGGCAUUAACAGAGAUCUUCGACAUGUGUGACCAGGAUGACAAUGGCUUGCUCAGUAGAGAAGAGUUCAGCUAUUUUAACUUGCGCACAAGUGGAGAAGAACUUGCAGAUGACGAGUGGACCGUUGUUGAAGAAAAUGUUGCUCUACAAAUGGGUGAGUUAACUCAGCAGGGCUUCAUAGCUCUGCACCAGAUGGAAGCAGAAGAUAACGAAGGCAACACAGAGGACUUGUGGGUGACCUUGAACACCAUUGGCUACAAUAAGAAUUUGCAGCUAGAUGAGGCUUGCCCAUUCAAGCUGAAUGUUUAUCUGGAUGAGUGUAAGGGAGAGCUUGUCACCAACGGAUCACUGACAACCGAUUUACGAUUGGAGGAGGCCAUAUGUCAGUUUGCUAACACCAGAGGGAGUCACCAAGUAUUAAACAGUGAUGAUAGCGUUGCACUACUCACCUACAUGUGUGAUACAAGAGUAACGCUAGUUGUUCACAAUAAGUCUUCGCAGACUGUGACGGUACAUUUAGACUGCAGUGAAAGUACAAACUGUGUAUCAAACCACUCUUCGCUGAAGCACCAGAUUACUGUACCACGAAAUAAUUUCAAGAUUGGUAUGCAUUUAAUGCCAGAGGAUGAGAAUUCCGAAUGGAACAUCAACACUGCUUGUAGAAUCGUGGGACCAUAAUAUCAUGAUAAAUGUGCCAUGUCACUAUCCUCAGCGUACAUCAACACAGGUUAUGUAUGCGGAUUACUUUUUAGCUCGCCUUGACAUUGUCAAGAUGAGCUAUUGCCAUAGGGCGUUGUCCGUCGUACGUCCGUCCAUCCGUC